GCCGUCGCUGUCGUCGUCCUUGUCGUGGGCGGUAUCGAAAUCAGGGCUAUAAAAGCCUUGGCUUUCUUCUGGCCAACUCAUUCAAGUUGCAAAGCCUGCUGGUGAGACAGCAGCGGACUGAAUCUUGGAGCGAUUUUCUGUACCUGAAGACCAACACACGCCACCUGAACCACUGAAGAAGAUGAGGCUCCGACUCAACGUCCUGCUCUUGCUGCUCCACAUCGGCUGUCUGUCUGUGGCCUUCGCCAGUAGCAGGCUCUAUGGCGACGCCAGCAGUUCAAGCUGUGAUGGCCGCCGCUGGGAUGUCCAUCAUCGCCUGGACGAGUACGACGAGCAUAUGGUCUACAGACAGGUUCCCCCAUUGGAGUCGCUGGCCCGCGAUGAUCGUCGAAGCGAGAGGAGCGAGGAAACGAGGGUCCGGUUGGCGUCAUCUCCAAGGGAGGAGACGCCUCGUUACGCUCAUGUGGAUCGAGUAGAUCUGCGUGAAGCUCGUAAGGAACGGGACGAAGAACGUCGUGAAUUCCGUGAAGUACGAGAUGAGCGCCGGGAAGCCCGUGAGAUGCGAGAUGAGCGCCGGGAAGCCCGUGAGAUGCGGGAUGAACGUCGUGAAGCUCGAGAGGAACGAGAUGAACGUCGUGAAGCUCGAGAGGAACGAGAUGAACGUCGUGAAGACCGUGCGGUGCGAGAUGAACGACGUGAAGCUCGAGAGGAUCAGGAUGAACGUCGUGAAAUUCGUGAGGAUCGAGCUGAACGCCAUGAAGCCCGUGAGGUACUAGGUGAACGUGGUGAUGCUCGACGUGAAAGUCGUCAAUCCCAUGAAACUCUUGAGGAACGUCGUGUUCGUGAGGAACGGCCAGAUCAACGUGAUAUCCGUGAGGUACGAAAUGAACGCCGUGAAGCUCGUCAGGAACGGGAUAAUCGUCGUGAUGAUCGGGAGGAGUUGACAGAGCGGCGCGAAACUCGUAAAGAGCAAUCUGAACGCCAAAUUGGCCGAGAGGCCCGUACAGAACGCAAUACAGAACGAGACACAAGCAUGCGCCAGGAGGAAAAUCGUAUUGAAGCUGUCAAUGAAAGGCGUGAGGCUCGAAGCGAAGACCGAGAAUCAUCUAGACGUGAGGAUAGAGAAAACCGACAGCGAGAGGAAAGGGAAUCCGAACGACGAGUAGAACGUGUCAACCAAUAUCGUCGUGCAGAUCGAUUGUCUUCCAAACGCGAAGAGCGUGAGACUCGGGAGCGAUUUGAAGUCCGAUCUGCAGAUUAUAUAAGAGGAGAGCGAGAGGAAAUCAGAACGGAAGAACGCGAUAAUGCUCGACGAGAAGAACGAGAGGAUCGUCUCAGGGAAGAACGAGAUUUAGCCCGGCAUGAGGAAAAUCGCAGGAUGGAGAAACGCGUAGAUAUCCCACAAGAAGAGCGAUUAUCCUUUCGCCGAGUGGAACGAAACGAAAUUCGUCGAGAGGAGCGUGCAGAACGUGGGCGAGUUGAGGCUGAACGUAGGGAACAGUCCCUGGAUAGGGACAUGAAUCGACUGGAGGACCGUAGCGAGCGGAGAGAGACACGCAAUGUCGAUAGAAGGGAACAGCAGCGAGUGGAACGUGAAAAUCUGAGGAGACAGGAACGAAAAGAUGCUCGUCAAGUACAGGAUGAUAUUGUGGAAAGGGAAGAGCGAGAGGCUCGAAGGAAUGCGGAUCGAGAUGAAGAUAGGGAUUCCAUUCGUCAAAUCAAGCGUGAUAAUCUUCAAAGGGAUAAUCGGGAAAAUCUCCGACGUGAGGCUCGAGAUGAGCGAGAGAAUCUGCGCAGGGAAGAACGAGGCCAAACCCGGGAGAGUCUCCGGAGGCAGGCUGCAGAAUCACACCGCCGGAUCGAUCAAGCAGAUCGUCGUAGAGAAGAGCGUGAAAAUCAGCAAGAAGAUCUUAGGAGAGAAAACCGACGAGAAAGCCUGCGGAGGGAAGGUCGUGAAGCUCAACGAGAAGAGCUUAGGAGACAAGAGCGAGAAGCUCAGCGGCGCGAUGAGAGAGAUCAAGAGCAGCGAGUCCGUCGAAUGAAUAGCAUUACUACGAGCCUGGAACGCGAGCUCCCCCAGGUGAAAGCCAAGGGCUGGCUGAGCUAUGGAAAACGGGAAAUACUGAUGACCAGCCAGAUCCUGCUCCUGGCCGCUCUCUACAAGAAAUCCACGGCCAACGGCAAGGGGCUCGGAAAUGCUCUAAACGAGCAGAUCCAGGGCUAUCUGCAGGCCAUCGGCUGCUGAAGAGGAGGAGAUGAGGUUUAACCGCGAAAAGAGACCCAGAACGGAGAUGGAUACGGCACGAAAUGAACCAAAGGAAAAGGCAAAAGGACCCGGAGAACCCGAAAACCGAAACCAAAAAUGAGAGAGCGAACGGUGAGGAUGGGACAGGAUGCGAAUGCGGAUGCGGAAGCGGAAGCGGAUGUGGCGCAGUCGAGGAGUGAAGGCAUCGUCUCCGCCCCAGCAUCGUACAAUUUAAUCCAACUGUUACUGUAACCAAAACCCCUUUCUGUUAGCCAAAACAAGAGCAUAUAACGAAAAUAUAUAUCUGCAACUGCA